GUGAAAAGAGGCGUGAGCGUGAGAUUCUGAAGCAGUUUUUCGCUACGGCGGCGAAGAUGACCGAGAUAACGUCGGCGAUGGAGCCGAGUCACGAGGUCGCCGGUUUUGGUAGUCCGCCGCAGACAAACAAUCCCUUCCAGAAAAAGGGUUUCAUGGCGGAUUGUUGGCUGCCUUUUGAAAUAGUAGAAGAAAUCAUCUCCAGGGCUCCAAUCGAGUCGGUGAUACGAUGCAAACCGACCAGCAAACAAUGUUAUGCUCUCUGCAACGACAAGAGAUUCAUCUACAAUCACUUGAAUCUCUCCCAGGAACGAUUUAUGCGAAUUUAUUCUGAUAAUGUGACCCUUGAUAUCUUAUCUCUACCAGUUCCAGCUGAGUUCAAUUGUGUUCCUUGUACUCGUCUCUUGUCUGUUAUUCACUGCGAUGGAUUAUUGCUAUGCAAAUGGAUCACAGGAUUAAGAAACGUCAAUGUUGCAGUUUGGAAUCCGGUUUUGGGCCAAGUCAAAUUUGUUGAUACCAGUUCUCACUCUGCACUUAAUAUAUAUGGUUUUGGAUACGACGACAAGGACAGCUACAAGAUUUUGAGGAUUAGUGUUAGACAUAAUGAAUUUGAGAUAUAUGAUGACUUCAAGUCUAAACUCUGGAGAGCCUUUUCUGCUACCAUGGAUUGGUAUGUAUAUACCCCCGAGCAAGAAGUCUCUAUGAAUGGAAUUAUGUAUUGGCUUGCUCUAACAAAGGGUGAUAGGAUUGGGGCAAACUUCAUCCAAAGUUUUGAUUUUUCAUUCAAGCCCAUAUGUUUGUUUCCCUUGGAGUGGAGUACGAUUGAUGACUCAGUAGCCUUUUCAGCUUUCAGAGGAGAUAGGCUUUCUUUGUUUCAUCAACUCUUUGGAGACGAAACAAGGGAGAUUGAGGUGUGGGUCACGAACAAGGUGACUGAUGGGGUUGUCACAUUGAGUAAGUAUUUUAAUGUGGCUCGUCCUGAUCUCCCUAUCUUAAAUCCUCAUUUUAUGCGUGUUCCGACUUUCUUCAUCCACAAGACCAAUUCUAUCAUGUUAUGGUGCGAUAAAGUUGUAGGAGAGGGUUAUGCUUGUACCAGCUUGUACGAAAUUGGUCGGGGUGAGAUCAAAAAACAAGUUGAGACAGGACAACCUUUUAGCGGUGAAGAUGAACGUAACCAUUUUGUUAUAAGCUUUGUUUACGUUCCAAGUCUGGUUCCGGUUCCAGAAUAAAAUAAAGAGAGAGAGACUCGUGAGAUCUCAUGCAUGUUGUAAGCUUUGUUUUUGGUCUUUCUGUUGUUGUUAUUCUUGUGUUCCGA